AUGUUUAUCUUUUCUUUAUCCUCAGGCAACAACAUUUCAUCAUUGAGGACAGAAUUAAAAAGCCAGAGGAAAUUAGUAAAAAAUUUAAAGAAAAAAUCUCUCUGGUCCAGGAGUUUGGAAGAGGAUCCUGCAGUCUGGGAUAUGAAAGUGCAUGAGAUAAUCUCAGGUCUGGAUGUUGGAUUUGGACACAGGUGUGGUGUCGGACUCAUGAAUGUCAUAAAUUCUAGGACAUGGGGACAUGGAUUUAGAGUCAUGGAGAAACUUGUUGAUGUUGUCCUCUUCUUGAAUUGGGAGAUAUGCAAUGCCUUUAGCAUGGCAGACAGUGAGGCACCUUUGGAAGGAUCUCAAAGUAAUCAGCAAAAGUUGGGACCUGCUGGUCUAGCAUUGCAUUAUGCAAAUAUUGUCAUCCAGAUUGACACACUUACUAGACUGGCUUGA